AUGGCGCAAAAAUUCUUGAACCAGCUGAUCUCCCCAGGGCAGGAGUCCAAUAUCAGCUUUGAGGAGUCCUUACUAUGGAAAUACUCAGAACUUGCGCGUCUUUCCUACAAAGAUGGUGAUAUCCCUGGGUACGAAGAAGUGGUCGAUGAUGAACAUGACAGGAUCAUCGGCAAGAGAGAUGGCCAGGAAGUAUGGCUGGGCUUCCGCGGAUCUGGCGCGGACAGCGCGCACUGGCUUGGCAAGACAGGAAACUUGCACGCCUUGCCCAACGAUGAUUCGAUCUGCCGUGGCUUUGCCAAUGCACUGCAGAAGUUCCAUGACGGCCUCAAAUCAUGGUGUCGAGGGUGCAGGAUUAUCCACUUGACGGGUCACUCUCGUGGGGGAGCUUUUGCAACUUUGGCUGGUCGGCUGUUGGCCAAUGACUUCGAAGAUGCAGAGGUGAAUGUCGUUGUCUUUGGCUCCCCUCGAGUUGGGACAUCGACGUUUGCACAGAAGUUCAGAAACCAAAAGAACCUGCGGUGGGCCGGUUUCCAGCAUGCCGGAGACCAUGUGGGAAAGAUGCCACCUUGGGGUGAACAUAUUCAUCCACCUGCAGAUCCGCUCACCGACUUUCAGACAGAUUCAUCGCCUUUGCUCCAAAGAAUUCCAAAAGUAGGCAACGCCUUGAACGUCAUGUGGGUUUUCGGAUCCAACCUAAUGAAAAACCAUAGCAUGGAGUCCUACCACCAGUCGCUCAAGUGCAAUUUCAUCCUUCGCACUGGUGCCCCUGAUGUCGAUGAGAUCAUCCGCACCAUCACCAACCAACAGCAGAAGGCCAUGCUCACGAUUGGUGUGCAGGCAGUGAAGGCGAGCGAAAAACAGAUCCAAGAGCAAGUGAGGCAAGCAGCCGAUGAAAUCAAAGAGCUCUUGAGUGCUGACCGCUUGAAAGGAGUUCUCUCUGCAGCGCUGGCUGAGGAGUUUGUGAUUCAAAUGAAAGGCGCCACCCGCUUUUUGGCCAACAUGUACGCCACGGACUUAGAGGGAAUGAAAUUGAACGUCCACGAUUUGGAGAAGAAGUUGCACGACCUAGUCGAGCGCCUUCCACAUGUACCUCAAGACUCAACAGAAAUGCUGAAGCUUCUCUUGGAGGCCUUCUUCAAAGCUGGCUUCGUCUUGGCCAUGUGCAGGAUGAAAUUGGGCGACACGCCCCAUGACUUGAAGGAAAGAUUCGCAGGGCUAGGUGAGGAUGUGAAGGCGCAUCUUUGGAGACUGGCACAUGACCUUCAGAACGCAGAUGCCUUUUAUGCAGCCCUGCCGAGCUUAGUGCAGGUAGAAGCUGCUUGCGCAGCACACCUUGACAACAGGGAGCCCCUCUUCCUCACCGAUGAAAUUCAAGAUCAGUUUUUACCGCAUAAUAUUCAGCCAACGAUGAUUCAAAAAGAUCUGAUAAAACUCAAAAAAGAAUUUAGAAGUCAGGUUGCUUCAGCACACCCAGGAAGUGUAGCAAAGCUUUUGUCAUCAGACGGCUUGGAUAAAAACUUUGUUCGCCUUCUAGAAGCUAUCCUCGAGGACGUUGCCUCUGAUUCCGAGGACGAGCACUUGAAACCAUGUCAUGAAGAGGUGAAGAUAUUGAAGCAGAGGAUGGAUGAUUUGCUGUUGCCAGAGGUGGUCCUUACUGGACCUACCAAGGCAGGAAAAAGUUCAUUGGCCAAUGCUCUCUUGGGUAAGGAGGUUGCAAGCACCUCAGCGGCCCCUGAUUCGUUCCUUCCGAUCCGCUUCAUCCCUCAAGGCAAGAAAUUCCAUGUCGAGCUUCGUGGUGAGGGCUUAAGAGAUCAUCCAGACUUGUUCAAGGAUAAGGUUGAUGAAGAGUUGAAAGCUGUGCUGGAGGCCAGAGAGGUGAACACAGCUGAAGAAGUUCAUGAAACCAUCGAAAAGAUGAACAAAGGCCUCCGGAAUUUUCUGGACUCCAAAAUCUUCGUCCAAAAGUUUUCGGAAGAAGAGGCACAUGUCCUUUCACAAUCUCUUUGCGCCGGGUGGUCGGUUGAUAUCAAGAUUCCUGUUCGCGGCCCAGAAGCGUUGCCGGUGAUCCUCGUCGACCUGCCAGGUAGCACUGAAGGAGGACUCAUUGGAGAGUUCAUCAAGACUAUGGUGAGAGGAAGUUGUAUCCGAGCCUCUACGGCUUUGUUGGUGCUGGGCUGGGAAAUGAUCACAGAGCUUGACCGUGAUGGAGCUGAUCCCAUGCAGCGCUUCUUUGGCGGAGCUUCCAAUUUCAGCGGCUACUACAUGGUCAUCACAAAGGUCUUUGAGAAGGACACUUUCGAUCAAAUCAACCCAACAGUUCGCAGGAAAGCUGCCCAGCUCAAACCGGAGCCCCUCGGGAUUCGCUUCAUCAACAGCUACCUCUUGAGAGCUCAUGCUGCAUCCCUCGCUGGCUCUCUGCCCGAGAAUUUCCCAAGUGUGGAAACCGACGCCAGUGAUGAAGAGAGGUGCAGGUGUGAAGGUGAGCAGCACCGAUGCCAAAUCAUUUUCCGUGGUGUUGAGAACAGGCUCAUGCAAAAGAAGGACCAGAAAAAAUUCGACGGAAAAGAUCUAGAGGAAGAAUUGAAGGAGAAACUGGAUGAGUUCCCAGAGACUGCUAGCUUCACCUCUGAGCUCUAUAGCUCUGUUGACAAACGCUUCCCAGAACUAUUCUUGGGACCACAUUUGGAAAGGAUGCAAAGGUGCAUCAGACAGCUGGUAGAUGAGAGCCACCAGCGUGUGGAGAUCUGCUUAGGAAGCGAGCAUCAGAGGCAAGUAGAUAUUGGUGCGUGCCGCAAGCUAUUGAGCAAUUUGGACGACGAACUCCUGGAGCCGGCCAAAGAAAAGGCGAAGCUGAUGGUCCAGGGCAGGAUUGAAAGGAUGGCAGAGGUUGAUUGGCGCGGCCUCUACCUUGAAAACACGGAAGAAUUCUACAACGCUGUUUCAGAAAUCUGUGGCCAAGAAUUUGGAAAAAAUUGGUGCACAGACCAGCCAUUUUUUAAUGAGAUCAGGUGCUCGGCCGAGCGAGAGACCAUGAGGGCCUAUAAGAAGAUCCUGCACCAACAAUUGGCGGAAAAAGUUGGUUGGAUAAGGGAAAGUGAUAUCCCUUCUGACAUCUCGCAAUCCCUGUCUUUGAGCUCGGAUGAGGCACAUAAGCAACAAAAUUAUUUGGAGAAAUUUGUUGCAGUAGCUGCAAUAGCAGCUAAAGCAGCUGCAACAACAGCUACAGCAGCUAUACCAGUUCUAAUAGCAGGACCAGCUGCAAUAGCAGUAGCAGGAUCUGCAUCAGCAGCUUUAUUAAUCACUGCCCACAGUGCCUACGCUUCAUCAUUCGCUGUAGCGGUGGCGAAGACUCCAGAUACUCCAGACCAGAGAUUGGCAGACCUCCACGAAUGCAGAGACCUGAGCCUGAGCAGGUUCGACGACUUCUUCAAGGCUUCGCUCCAAACAAGCCUGGAGUCGCGGCUGAGGAUGCUCGAGGAGAAGGAGUCAGACUUCCCACAUCUAGAUGAGAAACUUCAGCAGUACCUCACAAUGUUUGGUAACUUGCAGGAGAUCGCGAAAAUCGUGAAAGAUCCCUAGCCGCUGGCAAAUGCAUUUACUUAGACCUUCGUGACCUUCCAAAUUUAAUUAGACCUUAGACAUGUCGAGCUUUCUUGCGAGAGGCUCCUAGCUGCUAGCCAAAGCAGUACUGAGACAUGUCAAGAUAGCAUAGAGAUGCUAUCUC